GGGGGUCGCGCACGCGCACUCGGCCUCCCCCGCCGCGGGCUGCCGAGGGGGGGGGAAGCGGCGGCGGGCGCCAUCUUGGCGGAGCCGUGCCGGGAGCUGCGGGCGGCGGGGCUGGGCGCGGAGCCUGUCCUAGCGGCGCGGCCGUUAAGUUGAUUUUACAGAAUUUAUCAGGUCUUCCAAGCAGAAACAGGUGAUUUUUGCUGUGGGUUGAGCUCAGCAUGGCUGUAGUCAUCCGUUUACAGGGGCUUCCUGUUGUUGCGGGUCCUGCAGAUAUUCGUCGUUUCUUCUUGGGAUUGAAUAUUCCCGAUGGAGGUGUGCAUAUUAUUGGAGGAGAAAUUGGGGAGGCUUUUAUUAUAUUUGCAACAGACGAAGACGCACGGCGUGCCAUGAGCUGUUCAGGAGGGUUUAUCAAGGACUCCCGCGUAGAGCUCUUUCUCAGCAGCAAGGCGGAGAUGCAGAACACCAUAGAAAUGAGCCGGAAACGAUUUGACCGUGGGGGCCGAGAAACUCUGUCUGGGUCUAGACGAACAGGUGCUAAUGGUUCUGGUGCAUCGGGUGUCGGAGACAUUUCGCAUUUAGUCGCGGCUAUUACGAAAGGAAUAAAUAAGUCUGGUUACGGUCCGCCAAAUCACCCGGAGGCUGGUUUCCAUGCCAAUGGCACGAGACACGGUGAUGUAGGCAUGCCUAAAUCAAGCUAUCAGUCAAGAAAGGAUUCUCAUGCGUUUAACCCAGAUGAUCUGUACUUAUUCCUGCGUGGCAUACCGUACUCUGCGACAGAAGAUGCAGUGCGCGCGUUCCUUUCCGGAAUACGCGUGGACGGGGUGAUUCUGAUAAAGCAUCGUAACGGUUUAAACAAUGGUGAUUGCUUGGUAAAAUUCGCUACGCCUGGUGAUGCCUUAGAAGGACUUAAACGCCACAGACAGUACAUGGGGCAGAGGUUCAUAGAAAUCAGUCCGACUACGGAGGAACGGUGGAUUGAGUAUGGCGGGAGGGUAGACGUGCCAAAUGAGAUGGAUCACUUCUUCAAAGAACGUUCUCCAAGAAGUUCGGGCUACAUGCAUGCAAGGAAACAUUCUCAUUCGAGAUCGCCAAGGAGACAAAGAACGCGUUCUCGUUCACCUCCCAGCCAGGAAUAUUACAUACACUUAAGGAAUCUUUCAACUAACGUGGAGAAGAGAGAUUUGAGAGCUUUUUUCCCUGAUCUGGAUAUAUGCAGCAAACAAAUCAAGCUUCUAACGGACAAGCAUCAGAGGAGGACUAGAGACGCCUUUGUGAUGUUAAGGAGUGAGAGAGAUUAUCAGGCUGCUUUGGAGUGCCAUAGAAAGGUUCUUCUCAAUCGUCCCGUUUACAUUUUUCCAAUUUCAAGGAAGUCUAUGUUGAAAAUAAUUGAUUCUUACGAGAGGAGAAGAUCUCAGGAAAGAGAUCUUCCUGGACAGGCCGUGACAGAAAAAAGUUACCGGGAAGGUCAUUCUGGCCCUAAGGUGUGUGCUUAUGUGAGGAAUUUUCCAUUCGAUGUGACAAAAGUCGAAGUGCAAAAGUUCUUUGAGAGAUUUGAUAUCGAUGAAGAUGACAUUUACUUGCUCUAUGACGACAAAGGAGCUGGGCUGGGAGAAGCCUUGGUGAAGUUUAAAUCUGAAGAACAAGCCAUGAAAGCAGAAAACUUAAAUCGUCGAAGGUUCUUGGGAACGGAGGUGUUACUGAGACUGAUAUCUGAAGAGCAGAUGCAGAAGUUUGGUGUAACUGUUCCGUUCUCUGCCCCAAAUGAGAUGCAGGGGCAUUCACACGCGUAUGACAGAGGUGAGCUUUCCCGUCCGGUUGGUUCACCGCCUGGUUCGCCACAAGGGCCACCCAUGCACUCGUUUGGUCCCCCUGGGAACUUCAGGCAUCCUUCUGAAUUUAGGCACCCCCCUGAGAACUUCAUGUGCCCUCCUAAGGAUUUUAGAGGCCCGCCACCCCUCAUGGAUUUUGGUGGUGACAGCGAACACUUUGGCAGAAUGGAGUUUGGGAAUAAUAAAAUGGGGAAUUUCCCAGAAGGAAGAUUUAUGCCGGACCCAAAUUUCAGUGGUGGUGGUGGUUCUGACCGUGUUGUUCCUAUUCGAUUGAAAAAUUUACCUUUUAAAGCGACUCCUAAUGAGAUUCUGGAUUUUUUCUAUGGCUACAGAGUCAUACCGGAGUCGGUUUCCGUACAGUAUAACGAACAAGGGUUGCCUUCGGGUGAUGCCAUUGUUGCUAUGACAAACUAUGAGGAAGCGAUGGCUGCUAUUAACGAAUUGAAUGAUAGGCCAAUUGGUCCCAGGAAAGUUAAGCUGAGCUUGCUGUAAAGGAGGAAAAGAUGCUCUAGAAUAAAACAUUCUAGAUUUGACAGUAUUGACAGUUGUUUUUACGUUUUUAAUUACUAGAAGUUGAAGAAGAAACGGUUUCCAUCAACGGUUGUAAAUAAUACCUAGUUGGGGUGUUUAGCUCUGGGUUGAAAUAUCUGUAUGGUUAAGAUAUGAGAAAUGUAUUGUGCCUACUUCUUGUGGCAGAGAGGAGCCCUGAAAUUUUGGAGGACACUGAAUAUUUUACAGCAAGGUAUAAAAGCAUGGAUUUCUAAUGCUUUGUUUUUUCUUUUUUUUUUUUUUUUUUGUUUGCUUUAAUUCGUGUCCCCUGACUUUGCAUCAAAUACAACUGUAAGUGCUGGUUGACUGACCACGCAAACGGUUCAAACAGAAAAACUUCAGUGCUGUCUGCAUUAGUCAGUAACAGUUUUUAUUGAGGUUAGCUUAAUAAAAUUAAAAAAGACUGAUUUUUUUUUUUUUUUGUGUAAGCUGUUCAGGUUUUGUUCGGUUUCAUGUGUUUGCAGGCAUCCCUAUUAGAAGAAAAAAGAUCUGUUCACAUUAGCUGGCUUUGCUGGCUUUGCAACUUUUUUAAAUAAAAAAGAAAUUGUUAUUAA